AUGAAACUGAACGGCUGCAAGGUCAACUGGCCAACGUCAGAGGCCAACAGAGCCGAGAGGCAGAGAAACAUCAGCUCCUGGUGUCCAGCCUCAACCUGCAGCUCAGAGGAGCCUGCUACUCUCCCUCUGCUCUCCCCCUGCUCUCCCUCUGCUCUCCCUCUGCUCUCCCCCUGCUCUCCCUCUGCUCUCCCUCUGCUCUCCCCCUGCUCUCCCCCUGCUCUCCCCCUGCUCUACCUCUGCUCUCCCUCUGCUCUCCCUCUGCUCUCCUCUGCUCUACCUCUGCUCUCCCCCUGCUCUACCUAUGCUCUACCUCUGCUCUACCUCUGCUCUCCCUCUGCUCUCCUCCUGCUCUACCUCUGCUCUCCCUCUGCUCUCCCCCUGCUCUCCCUCUGCUCUCCCCCUGCUCUCCCCCUGCUCUCCCCCUGCUCUACCUCUGCUCUCCCCCUGCUCUCCCCCUGCUCUCCCCCUGCUCUCCCUCUGCUCUCCCUCUGCUCUCCCUCUGCUCUCCCUCUGCUCUCCUCCUGCUCUACCUAUGCUCUACCUCUGCUCUACCUCUGCUCUCCCCCUGCUCUCCCCCUGCUCUCCCCCUGCUCUACCUCUGCUCUCCCUCUGCUCUCCUCUGCUCUACCUCUGCUCUCCCCCUGCUCUACCUAUGCUCUACCUCUGCUCUCCCUCUGCUCUCCUCCUGCUCUACCUCUGCUCUCCCUCUGCUCUCCCCCUGCUCUCCCCCUGCUCUCCCCCUGCUCUCCCUCUGCUCUCCCUCUGCUCUCCUCCUGCUCUACCUAUGCUCUACCUCUGCUCUACCUCUGCUCUCCUCCUGCUCUCCCCCUGCUCUCCCCCUGCUCUCCUCCUGCUCUACCUAUGCUCUACCUCUGCUCUACCUCUGCUCUCCCUCUGCUCUACCUCUGCUCUCCCUCUGCUCUCCCUCUGCUCUCCCUCUGCUCUCCUCCUGCUCUACCUCUGCUCUACCUCUGCUCUACCUCUGCUCUCCCUCUGCUCUCCCCCUGCUCUCCCCCUGCUCUACCUCUGCUCUCCUUCUGCUCUCCCUCUGCUCUCCCUCUGCUCUCCUCCUGCUCUCCCUCUGCUCUCCCUCUGCUCUCCUCCUGCUCUCCUCCUGCUCUCCCUCUGCUCUACCUCUGCUCUCCCUCUGCUCUUCCCCUGCUCUUCCCCUGCUCUCCCCCUGCUCUCCCCCUCCUCCCCCCUGGUCCUAAAGCCCCUCUGACCUGCGGUCCUCUUGUCCGCAGCCUGAGUGAGACGCAGGAGAGUCUGGAGUCUUCACUCCUGGAGAAGGAGAACUCUUUGGCCGAGACCUCGGAGAAACUGGAGGUGGUGAACGGACUGAGGGAGGCUCUGAAGCUGAAGGAGGACCAGACCAGAGAGACCAGCGAGAGACUGCUGGAGACUGAGAGCAAGUUGGAGGAGGUGUCGGUGAGAUGCAGGUCGUCUGAGAAGUGUUGCUCUGAGCUGAAGAGUGAAGUGGGAGAUCUGUCCCAAAAACUGACUGCUCUGAAGGAGAAGGCUCAAAAACAAGAGUCCACCAUCGAAUCCCUCCAAACUGAACUGGACCAAACCAAUGAAGAACUGGACAAGAUCAACUCGUUGCACUUGGAGGAGCGCGCUCAGCUGAUCCAGGACCUGCAGAGCUGCGAGCGCCACAUGGACCAGCUCAAAGACGCUCUGUGUGACCGUGACAAGGAGCUGUGCAGUCUGAGUGCCCUCGUCACGGAGUACGCAGACCAGGUCCUUCAGCUCAAACAGGAAAUCAAACUGAAGGAGGAGACUUUGGUGCGAGCAGAAAGUGCGUUGCAAAAGGCAGAGCGCGACGUCACGGUCCUGCGCGACUCGCAAACCUCAGACCAGCAAGAUCUGAACGCUCGGAUCUCAGACAUGAUAGAGAAGACAAAAGAUCUGGACUCGGAACUGGCCAAAGCCAAAGAAGAGAGAGACACGAAUCUGAAGGAAGUGGAGAUAUUGGUGAAACAAGCCGGCACGGAUAAGAAACUGAUUCUAGAUUUGAGAUUGGAGGUGCAAAGACAAGCGAGCGGUCACAAGAGCUAUGUGUCCGAGAGAGAGGCGCAGCUGGAGUCGCUAAAGGAGAAAUUAUCCUCCGCAAACUCUGAGCUGCAGGAGGCAAAACACAGGAUCUCACAGUUGGAUUCCAGUCGGGGAGAGCUGCAGAACAAAGAGCGGCUGUGGGAGGAGGAGAUGAAGGUUUACAAAGAGGAAAAGAACCGGCUGCUCACAGACGUGGACCAGCUACGCACGGAAAUACACAAACUCACUGAGGACGUCAAGGAUGCAGAGCGAAGGUUGGAAGAGGAAACUGCACGGUCUAAACUAGAACUGCAAGAACGAGAUUCGGAAAACCACAGGCUGAAGAGUGAGCUGCAAAGUAAAGUGGAAAAUGUGUCCAAGUUAAAGAACGCUUUGAAAAACUUAAAGAUUCUGAGCGACAAAGCGGUCGUGGAAGGAUUGGUGAAGGAAAAAGAAAGUAUCACUCUGACCAUCACGCAGCUGAACAGAGCCCUGAAUGAAAACGAAAUGUUGAAUUCUGAAAAGACGAGUGAAUGUGUGCGGCUGCUCAGAGAGAAAGAGGACCGUGUUGGGAGUUUGCAAAGUGAGACCGACAAACUGAAAGCUGAAACUGAGCGGUUGAACACGGCUCUGUCCGACUCCAACCACCGACAGCUGCAGCUCCAAGACACCGUUUCUAUGCUCCAAGAACAAGGCGGUGUGCUAAAGGCAGCGCUAAUGGAGAAAGACGCUAUGCUAACCCAGAAAAUUAAUGAAAUCAUGCAGAAAAAUGAAGCUCUGUCCGCGCUGAGACGAGACGUGGAUUUCCUUCGAGAAGACGGACAGAAAAAGACACAAGAUCUGGAGCAGAAAGAACAGAAUCUGACUGAAGCAAACAAGGAACUUAAAAGCCACAAAGAGGAAUUAAACAAGAGGAACGAGACGGUUUUGGCUUUGAGCACUCAGCUAGCUGCUAAUAACGAGUUGGAAUCUGAACUGAGCAGAUUUAAAGCAGAUGUGGAUCAGCUGACCUCUGAAAAGGCUCAGUUGGCUCGACAUGUGGAGCAAAGCAACGCUACAAUAGUAGAUUUGGAAGACGGCAUUCAGAUUCUAAAGGAGCAAAAUUCUACCUUGAAGAAAGAACUUGUCAAAAAUGUGACUGAAUUGGAAACUCUGAAGGGAGAUGUAGAGAAUUUUAAAGCCGCGGUGCGAGAAGGAGAAUCCAAAAUGGCGUCUUUGUUGGAUGAGCUGAAAGUGGAACGAGAGAGGCUGAGUGUUACGGAGCAGGAUCAUGAGAAUAUGACAAAACAACAGCAAGAUUUAAUCCAAACUGUCAAUCAUAAACUUGGCGAACGUGAACUUGAGCUGAAGCAGAAAACAAGUGAGAAUGAAAAGUUGGUGCAGCAAGUUUUUGUGCUCAAAAAAUCAAUUGGGGAAUUUCAAAUGAAGGUUGAGGGUCUUGUGUCGGAGUCUGAGGUCCUGAGAACUGCUCUGGAAACUAAGGAGCAGUCGGCUCUUCAACUGGAAAAUGCAUCGUCCGCUGCUGUAGAAAAUCUCAGUUUAAAUCUACAAAACAAAACCGCUGAAUGUGAGAGCUUGAAAGAAAGGGUUUCAAGUUUAGAGGAGGCAACUUCAAAGCUUCAAGCUCAAAUCUCCCAAACGCAAGAGGCCUUGGAAGAAAAGGAAAUGGUUGUACUUGAGCAAUCGAAAACUAUUAACACUUUGCAAAGCAGAGAAGGCGAGGCCGUGAUGUACAGAUCCCAAUUCACAGAAAGCACAGAGUUAGUGUCAAAGCUGCAAGAGGAAUGCAGUGGUUUGAGAAAAGAAACAGAAGAAACCCACAGUGCCUUCAAAAACCUGCGAGAAAAAUAUGCCACGCACUUAGAGGAGCUGCAAGACGUAAAAAAUUUACUCGCGCAAAAAGAGGAGAUGGUUUUAAGUUUGCAGCAGUUACUGGAAGAAGGAGCAAGAGAACAUCAAAUGGGCCUAAGUGAAAUAGAAAGGCUUAAAGGCGAGUUAUCAGAGGUCUCUCAGCAGCUGGAAACCUCUAAAAAAGCAAGUGCUAAGAUGGUAAAAGAAAAGGAUCAGGCAUUAGCAUCACAUCAGGGCAACGUGGCUAAGCUAACGGUGGAAAUUGACAGGUUAAAAUCGCAACACGUUCAAGUGGCACAACAAAUGGACGCUCUGACGGGAAACGUAGAGCAGCGGGAGAUGGCUUUGCACGCCAUCAACAACCAGUACGCAGCACAAGCAAAGCAUGCAGCAAACUUAAAGGCCCAGAUUCGGAUCCUGGAGGAGCAGAACGCCAAGCUGCAAGAAAAACAGACAGAGUUGGAGUUUGUGGGGCAGGAAAAUGCGGCAUUGCAGGAGCAGGUUAGACGGCUGGACUCUGAGAGGGCAGAUUUGGAAACAAAAUGGAAGCGGGUUGAGGAAAGCAAAGCGCAGUUGGAGCAGGAGUCUGGCCUCGCGAUGGAAACGCUGACGGCAGAGAACGGCAUCCUGCAAACCAAGGUCAGUGAACAAAACCACGACAUGUCACUGUUGAAGGAGAAGGUUGUGAAGCUAGAGCAGAUUCUGCAGGAUUCUGAGAAAGAGUGGCUGCUGGUUUUAGACAAAGAACAGCAGGAGAAGAGAGUGAUAUCGGAACGGUUGCAAAGUGUUGAAAAUGAGAUUAAAUGUAAAGAUGUGAAAGUUACCGUGCUGAAAGAGGAUCUGGAUAACUUACAAGAGAAGCUAGCGGCGGCGGUGUUAGCGGUGAGUCGUGGGUCAGAGCAGCUGUUGGUCAAAGAACAAGAGGCGUCCAUGUCUAAACAUCAGCUAGAGAAUGUGUUGGCUUUGAUAAGAGAGAAAGAGGCCGUUAAUAAUCGUUUGCAGCAGAGUUUUGAUGCUGUGGAAAGUGAGCUGCGGACUUUAACUGGCAGAACGGACCAAGCGGAAGAUCCCAAUGAUAAAACUCUGUAUUUACUUGGACUGGUUAAAGACCUGGAGCAAAGUUACAAGUGUGAAAUAGAUGGGUUAAAGAAUAGCUUGGAUGAUGCGGUUUCUAAGUUUAAAACGAUGGAAAACGUUGUUGAAAAGGGCGAUUUUGAGAAGUGUCAGCAAAUCUCUUCACUGCAGGAGGCUUUGAAUCAGGUCCAGACCCGACUCGAUGCAGAAGCUGAUAAGGUCCAAACGGCAGCAGAGAAAUAUGCAAGUUUGUAUUGCGACGUACAAGCCAAAGAAGAGCAUAUAAGCUGCAUGGAUGUCCAGAUCGUUCAGCAAAAGGAGCUUCUCUCAGCGCUCAGCAUCCAACUGAAGGAGAAAGACUCGUCUGUGGCGCAGGUAAUUGAGGCUGCUGCCAACGAAAGGGUUAAAUCCACAGACACCAUCACUGAUCUGAAGGAGCGAGUUGAAACACUGCAAAAAGAACUUAAAACUGUCAUGGAAAAGCACCAAAGUGAAGUCCAGGCUGCAGAUGUGGAGGCCAGGAGAGAGAUUGAAGAGAUGAAAACAGAACUGACAAAAUCGGUCAAAGAAAAAGACGUGAUCAAGAAGAAAUUGCAAGCGUCGUUGGUUGUGAGAAAAGAGCUUCUGAAGAAAAUGGAGAUUUAUGAAAAUGAAGAAAUGGUCAGUUAUAAAAGCCAGUUGUCACAGUUGAAUGAGCGGGUGCAGGACUUGGAAAAGGAGGUGGAACAUGGACAGAAAACCUGUACUGAAAAAGACUUGGAAGUUGAAGAAUGCAAAGCUAAAUUAAAUGGAUUUGAGCUGGAAAUUCAGACUUUGAAAGCUGCAAUAAUUGAUACAGAUUUGUGUCUGUCUGAAAAGGAAUCCUCUCUUCAGCUGCUACAAACUCAGCUCAUGGAAAAGAAGAAAGAUUACGAACAGGAGAAAAGCAGCUUAAACAUGGAAAUUGUCAGACUUGAGGCAGAAAAUACUAGUUUGAAGACCAUGAUAGAUGACAAAGAAGUGAUUGUCCUUGACGCGGUUCAAAAGCUGAAUGAAAAAGAUACUGAUAUUAAGCAAUUUCAAGAAAAUAUGGCUUUAUUACAGCAAGAAAAGAGUGAGCUACUGCAAAAACUUGAAGGCGUUGAGAAUGAGAUAAAGGCAGAGAAGGAGAGUGCGUCCGCCCCCUCCUCCUCCGUCGCUGAGUUCGAGAGCGAAGUCGCCUUGUUGAAGAAGGAGAAUGUCACACUCCAAAAGAAAGCCAAAGCCGCCAUGUUGGCACGCAAAGAAACCAUGAAGAAAUCCCAAGACACUGAAAACAAACUUGUUCAGGAACUAGCAGAGUUGAAAAAGCAUUUAGCUAAACUUACUCUGCAAAGCGAGCACCUGAAGGCAGAAAAAGACAGUUUGGAAGCUGAAGUUGAAGAAUUAAAGGGACUGGCUGAGACGAGGCAGCUGCUUGCACUGGAGAAGGAAAACCAGUUACAACAUGUGUGGAAAGAACUGGAAACCAUCAAGCAACAAGUCGAAGAGAAAGAUCGCACCGUAACAGAGUUGAAAUUACAACACCAAACUCUGUCCCGUGAGAAAAGUGAGAUGGUGAUGCUCAGGGAUAAACUUGAUCAGGCUUAUUCCAAUGAGAUGGAAGUACUAAAGCAGGACGUGCAAGAGAAGGAGAGAAGCCUGGCCAAUCUCAAACGGUCUCUCGCUGAAAAAGAUGGACAAUGCAGCUCUUUACAAAGUGGACUGGAUCAGCUCAAAGCGAAGGAAAAAGACCGUUUGAAAUCUCAGUCUGAGUCCAUUCUUCUGGAAAAUCGUAGUUUAUCUGCUGCUUGUGAAAGUCUGAAACAAACCAUCGAGAACAUCACACACCAGAAGCAGGCGUUUUCUUACCAACUGGAGGCGCUGAAAGAUUCUGAAACGGAGGAGCUGACGAGAUGGAAAGGCAAGCAUGACGAGCUGAAGCAAGAAUACGAGUCUCUGCUGCAGGCCUAUGAAAACGUGAGCAGCGAAAUGGACAAGAUGAGGCUGCUGUUGGAAGGAGCGAAACGAGACCGGCAAGAAGCAGUGAGGAAAAAUCACAAGCUCGAAAUGGAUUUGGAAAACUUGGAAAAGCAGUUGAGGGACUUGGAAGUUCAAAAUGAAAAGCUAAGAGAUGGGAUGACCAGGUUUUCUGCUGAUAGAAACAGUAAAACGACAGAACUGGAAGAGGAGAGUGAAAGAAUUGGACAGUUGGAAGAUGAAAACUCAAGAUUGUUAGGAUUGAUUGAUGAUUUUAAGAGACAAGUGGAAGUGUUGGAGGUUGAAAAACUGGGUUGGGUUGAAAACAUCAACCAAGUAAACAAAACUUCCGAAAAAACCGGGAAAUCCAACGCUGAAAGAAUGCAAAACAAAUUAGACGAAGCGCUUAGUUUGAACAAUUCCCUCAUGGUGCGAAUCGAAGCCCAAAAGACUGAGCUUGGCGCCCUCAUGGAAAUCAACCAAAUGCUUCAAAACGAGAAGCUUAAUUUAUGUGAAAAAUAUGAGAAAAUACAAAAUGAGCACGAUUUGGAACUGUCCAACAGGGAGGAAACCAUUAAACAAUUGAACGAAUGCAUUGCUCGAAACGCGAGAGAAACCAUCAGUUUGAAUGAGAAGGUUCGGAUUCUGGAAGACGACAAAUGUCUGCUGCAAGAGGAACUGGAAAACUCUCAAGAAACGUCUGAUAAAGUCAAGAAUGAAAACGAGUACUUGGAGACCGUGAUUCUUAAGAACUCUGAGAAGAUUGACGAGCUGACGGAGUCCAUCAGCACCAUGCAAAGCCAAAGUGCACAGUUGUCUUCCCAGCUGACGUCACUCAAGGAAAUGAGCAACAAAAUCAGGCAAGAGAAGGAGCAAGAGCAGAUCAAGCUGGUGAAGGAGUUUGAAGACAAACUCAGGAAGAUGCAACGAGGCAACGAAGGUUCGAAAAACGUCAAGAAAGAGCUGCAGGAGUUGCUUAAAGACAAACAUCAGGAGAUAAAUAUACUGCAACAGAACUGCAUCAGGUAUCAAGAGGUCGCACUGGACUUGGAACGACAGCUAAAAACAUCUCAACUGCAGAGUGAGAAAUCCAACAAAGAGCUUCAGCUGCAUCUGGAGCAAAAGUCUGUCUUGGAGAAACGGCUGGAUCAGCUUCAAAGUGAGUUAACAUCAAGUAAAAGUCUUUUGAACGAGGCAAUAGACAAGAUUGCAGAAUUCCAAUCCGAGCGCAGUCAGUUGGUGGCUGAGCUGGAGCAAAGCAAACGAAGAGAGCAGGAAAAGAUGUCAAAAAAUAUGGAAGAAGUAGAGUUGUUUGUGGAGAAGAAUGUGUUGCUGCAGCAAAUCCAAGAUCUCAAAAUGUUCAGCGACGGAGAAAGCCACAAACUCAUGGAGCUGCAGCGGAAAGUGGACACGCAGGAGCUGCAGAUGAAGACUUUGAAACGAGAGGCAGAGACCAAAGAGGUAAAGCUGACAGCGUUGGUUUCUUCAGCACGAGGCGGAGACGCUGCUAAAGUCUGGGAAGAUUCGUAUCAAAAAGCACUCGGCGAAAAGGACAAUCAGCUUCUCGAACAAGGGUCUGCCAUAAAACGAUUCCUGGAAGAGAUGCGGAUGAAGGACCAAGAGCUGAACGAGUUGCGAGUGACCAAAACCAAACUGGAGAGAACUAUAAAUGAAUAUUCUGUGGCGGCCGCGGCGCAUCAACGGCAGCUGUUUGUAAUGAGUGCGAGCAAUGCGGAGCUCAAUGACGUGCAGGAGAUGCUAACGAGGCAGGUAAGCGAGCUAACGGCACAAGUGGAAAGACUGGAGCGGGACCGGAACACGCUGAACAAACAGGCUGUGGAUAAGGAAGAUGCCAUUUCUCAAGUACAGCUGAAACUGGACCAAAUAGAGAAACUCUACAGUGACUCGGAAGCACAGCUGAACUCACUGCAGGCUCAGAAUGACCAGUUUCAUGCAGAGUUUGACAAACAAGAAGGUAUUUCUCGGCAACUGAAAAGCAUUCUUCAAAGCAAAAACUCUGAAAUCUCCUCUCUGCUGUCUUGCAAAGAUGGGCAGAUGUCUGGGUAUCUCGAACAAAUCCAAGCUAACUACCAAUCGCAAAUGUCUGUGUACGAGGAUAGGCUAACAUCUGCGCGCUAUCAAAGGGAGAAAUCCACCAAAGAAAUAAGAUCUCUUGAGGCCAAAGUAAAAAGUCUGCAGAUCCAAGUGGGCAAAGCGGUCCAGGAGAAAAAUGUCAUGAUGGGCAAGAUGGAGUCCUUCAAAAACUCACUGGUGUCUUUGCAAAACGAACGGGAGAAGUUAAUGUCGGACUAUAAAGUUCUUGAAGCCAAAAGUCAGGCGGGUUUAUCGGAAGAGACUGGAGAAGGAGCAGCCAAAGGUUUGAAGCACGAAAUCCGUAAACUUCUGCAUCAAAUGGACGACUUGAAUUCUGAAAAUGCGAUGCUGAGGGCACAGCUCGUCCGAUACAGAGAAGACCUGAACCAAGUCCUCUCCUUAAAAGACAACCAGUUGAAAAUUCUACUAAAAAAACAGCAAGAGACGAUAAAAACGCUGGAAAAUGACAAGAUGGCGUCUGAAAAGAAAGUGAGAAAUGCACGGUUGGAUUUGGAAAAGAAGCAGGAAGUGAAUGAAACUUUGAAUGAGGAAAUCUCCAAAUUAAAAAGUCAGAUUUUGAGAUUGGAGCAAGAUCGAAAAGAGAUUACGACGACAAACGAAGGGAAAGUGAUUUUUGAUUUGCAGAAUGCGGUCGUGGCAAAAGCAGCCGAGUGCAGUGACCUCCAACUCAAACUUAUAACGGAGAAAAACUCCUCAGAGGAAUUAAGAAGGAAAUGUACAAAUAUUGAGAACGAGACUGACGCAAAGUUAGCGGAAGCUGAAGAUAAGUACAACAGCGAACUGGAUAACUUUGAACGCGAAGUGAUUUUGAUGCGAAAUGAGAAGGAAACCUGGGACCAAAGGGCGGCCGAACUGGAAAAGGAAUCACUGGAUUUGCAACAACAACUUUCAGAAGCAAAAAAUGAAAGCAAAGACUUCAAAGAGAAAAAUGAAAGCCUGUGCAAAGCAAUGGCUGCGCUACAAAACGACCGAGACCGACUCAUUGAAGACUUCAAGGUCUUAAGAACCCGCUACGAAGAAGAGCUGAGAGAGUCGCAGACCAGCCUCAAGAAGAUGGAACGCAAAUUUACAGAUUCAACCUCGGAGUCGGCGGCUUUAGCAAAACGCAGAGACGUCCUUGCGCACAAACUCAAAGCGCUGGAGGGAAAAGACCAGAACGAGAUGAGCCGAUUGGUGGAUGAGCUCGGAAAAGCACUGUCCGACAAAGAGGGAGAAGUCACACGAGUCCGACUGGAGAACGAAUCGCACCUUCGCCAGUUGUCUGCGUUUUCCAAGUCCAUGGCCAGCCUUCAGAACGAUCGUGACCAGCUGAUGGAAGAGCUCUCCGGGGCUAGACAGAAGGUGGCGCCCCCCCCAGACCAAAGGAGGGAGUUACAGCUGGAAAGCAAGGAGCUGGGAGUCAAACAUCAGAUAAAUGAUGCAGAGCUGGGAGUCCACAUUUCUCGAGAGGAAAUGACUCCUUUGAGGUCAGAGCAGAAGAACCUGGACCUGUCUCCACCGAACACGGUGGAUGUGAGUUUCCUGGAGACAGAACGAGCUCGUCUGCAUCAGGACUUACAGCAGUGUGUGUUCGAGAUCCAGCGACGAGACCAGUACAUCCACCAGCUGGUCUUCAAGCUGCAGCAGUUGGAGCAGGACACCUCUCUCCGUCAGCAGCAGGGGGCGCUCUACCCUGAGGAGGCCCCUGGAGCUCCACAAGACAGGAGCAGAGAGGAGUCUAUACAGCUGUCAGAGAGGCUGCAGGAGCUGGAGCAGAGUCUGUGUGAGGAGAGAAUGAGACGAGAAGCAGCAGAGGAGAAACUGCUUCAGUCCGGUCCCAGAGAUUUCAGCAUUGACGUGGAUCCAGACGACGAGUGGGACGCAGUGAGCCUGGACCCCACUCAGCCUCUGCUCACCCGCAAGGUCCGUGGUUCCGCUCUCUCUUGUGCCCGUUGGCUCAGAGGUAGAAGUCUGUAUUUCUCGUCGUUGCUGCGAUCUCGAACCCGAGCUCCGUACGUCUUUAUGCUCUACCUGCUGUCACUGCACCUGCUGCUGCUGCUGCUGCUCAGCGGGGCCCUCUAG